GGGGCCUCGGGGAUUGGCCGGGGCUGCGCCCCGGGGAGGCGAGCUGCUAGCGGUUGAUUGUUCAGCUGCGAAGUGUGCGGGGUUCUCGCAGAGCGGAGGAGCCGUGCGGAGCCCGGAACUGCGUGCGCGCGCUCUGCCUUUGGCGCUGGGACAGCGAGGCGCACCGGGCCCUUGAGCAGUGCGGGGUUGGCCGCGCCGUCCAGCCCGGAGUCUGCAGCUGGACGCUCGUAGCGGCGAGGAAGAUGCCCACGGGCGCAGAGCUCCGGCUGCGAGCCUGAGCGCCUUCCUCGCAGCGGCGGCGGCACUUGGCGUGCACGGGGCCUCCGAAACCCGGCCAGGAGCGCGGCGGGAGAACGAGGAGCGCCGGCCAAGCACCCUUUGCCCGGAUCCGUGGGGUUCGCAGCGGGCACGGGCGGGUCGGCCCGGAUGGGCGCGGGGUUCGCGGCCCCCUCCGGGCGCUGCGGAGCGGCUCGUGCACCGGGGGCCCGCUGAACGCCGGAGUCGCCGCCGCAGAGAGAACUUGUGCCGGCGGCCAUGUCCCGGCGCGGAGCCUAGUGCUGAGCAGAGCCCCCGCUGGCCCGCCCGCGCCUGCGGUCGCCCCGGACCUCGCAGCCCCAGCGCCGGGAGUUCGCUGCGCGCUCCAGACAAGAUGGCGCGGCCGGUCCGGCGAGCGCUCGGGGCCCCGCGCCGGUCGCCUUGUCUUCUCCUCCACUGGCUGCUGCUGCUGCUGCUGGUGCUGCUUUGGCUGGAGCCCGCAUCGGCCGCGGCCGGCCCGCGGGCGCCCUGCGCUGCCGCCUGCGCUUGCGCUGGGGAUUCGCUGGACUGCGGCGGGCGCGGGCUGGCGGCGCUGCCCAGGGACCUGCCCGCCUGGACACGGAGCCUAAACCUGAGUUACAGCAAACUUUCUGAGAUUGAUCCUGCUGGUUUUGAGGACUUGCCGAAUCUACAAGAAGUGUACCUCAGUAACAAUGAGUUGACAGCCAUACCGUCGCUCGGUGCUGCUUCAUCCCGUAUCCUCUCUCUCUUUCUGCAACACAAUAGGAUCCGCAGCGUGGAGGGGAGUCGGCUGAAGGCUUAUGUUUCCUUGGAAGUGCUGGAUCUAAGCUCCAACAACAUCACAGAGAUCCGGAGCACCUGCUUCCCACACGGGCUGCCCAUAAAGGAGCUCAACCUGGCGAGCAACCGGAUCAGCACCCUGGAGUCGGGAGCAUUUGAUGGUCUGUCACGGUCGCUGCUAACGCUUCGGCUGAGCAAAAACAGGAUCACCCAGCUUCCUGUGAAAGCAUUCAAGUUACCCCGGUUGACACAACUGGACCUCAAUCGGAAUCGGAUUCGGCUCAUCGAGGGCCUGACGUUCCAAGGGCUCGACAGUCUGGAGGUGCUGAGGCUCCAGCGAAACAACAUCAGCAGGCUGACGGACGGCGCCUUCUGGGGGCUGGCCAGGAUGCAGGCGCUGCACCUGGAGUACAACAGCCUGGCGGAGGUGAACAGCGGCUCACUGUACGGCCUCACGGCCCUGCACCAGCUCCACCUUGGCAACAACUCCAUCUCCCGGAUCCACCGCGAUGGCUGGAGCUUCUGCCAGAAGCUGCACGAGCUGAUUCUGUCCUUCAAUAAUCUCACCCGGCUGGACGAGGAGAGCCUGGCUGACCUGAGUAGCCUGAGCAUCCUACGCCUCAGCCACAAUUCCAUCAGUCACAUCGCGGAAGGCGCCUUCCGGGGACUCAAAAGCCUGCGCGUCUUGGACCUGGACCACAACGAGAUUUCGGGGACAAUCGAGGACACCAGUGGUGCUUUCACAGGGCUUGACAGCCUCAGCAAGCUAACUCUGUCGGGAAACAAGAUCAAGUCCGUGGCUAAGAGAGCGUUCUCGGGGCUGGAAGGUCUGGAGCACCUGAACCUUGGAGAGAAUGCAAUCAGAUCUGUCCAGUUUGAUGCCUUUGUGAAGAUGAAGAAUCUUAAAGAGCUCCACAUCAGCAGCGACAGCUUCCUGUGCGACUGCCAGCUGAAGUGGCUGCCCCCGUGGCUGCUGGGCAGGAUGCUGCAGGGCUUCGUGACAGCCACCUGUGCCCACCCAGAGUCACUGAAGGGCCAGAGCAUCUUCGCCGUGCCGCCAGAGGGUUUCGUGUGUGAUGACGUACCCAAGCCACAGAUUAUCACCCAGCCAGAGACGACCACAGCCGUGGUGGGCAAGGACGUCCGCUUCACUUGCUCGGCCGCCAGCAGCAGCAGUUCCCCAAUGACGUUCGCCUGGAAGAAGGACAACGAGGUGCUGGCCAAUGCCGAUAUGGAGAACUUCGCCCACGUCCGCGCUCAGGACGGGGAGGUGAUGGAGUACACCACCAUCCUGCACCUGCGCCGCGUCACCUUCGGGCACGAGGGCCGCUACCAGUGUGUCAUCACCAACCACUUCGGCUCCACCUACUCGCACAAGGCUAGGCUCACUGUGAAUGUGUUGCCGUCGUUCACCAAAAUGCCCCACGACAUCGCCAUCCGGACUGGCACCAUGGCCCGCCUGGAAUGUGCUGCCAGUGGCCACCCUAACCCCCAGAUUGCCUGGCAGAAGGACGGAGGCACAGAUUUCCCUGCUGCUCGUGAGCGACGCAUGCACGUCAUGCCAGACGACGAUGUGUUUUUCAUCACUGAUGUGAAGAUAGAUGACAUGGGGGUUUACAGCUGCACUGCCCAGAACUCGGCUGGCUCCAUUUCAGCGAACGCCACCCUGACGGUCCUAGAAACCCCGUCCUUGGCAGUGCCCUUGGAGGACCGCGUGGCAUCUGUGGGAGAAACGGUGGCUCUCCAGUGCAAAGCGACUGGAAGCCCUCCACCCCGCAUCACCUGGCUCAAGGGGGACCGGCCCCUGAUCCUCACAGAACGGCACCACUUCACCCCCGGCAACCAGCUGCUGGUCGUUCAGAACGUGGUGGUGGAAGAUGCGGGCCGGUACACCUGCGAGAUGUCCAAUGCCCUGGGCACCGAGCGUGCUCACAGCCAGCUAAGCGUCCUGCCCACUCCGGGCUGCAGGAAGGACGGCACCACUGUGGGCAUCUUCACCAUCGCCGUGGUGUGCAGUAUCGUGCUGACGUCCCUGGUCUGGGUGUGCAUCAUCUAUCAGACCAGGAAGAAGAGUGAGGAGUACAGCGUCACUAACACAGAUGAAACCAUUGUGCCACCAGAUGUUCCGAGCUACCUCUCUUCUCAGGGGACCCUUUCUGACCGACAGGAAACCAUGGUCAGGACUGAGGGUGGCCACCAGGCCAACGGGCACAUCGAGAGCAACGGUGUUUGUCCGAGCGAUGCAGGCCUCUUUCCAGAGGUGGAAGCUCAUGGCAUUACGUGCAGGCAGCCCAGGCUCUGCGUCGGGUACACGAAGGAGCAGUGGAAAGCGGUGGAGAAGGCCGAUGGCACACCUGGUCCACAGAAGAUGAUGGAGCACGGUGGCCCGGCGGUGUGCGGCGACUGCAGCAGUGAUGCACACAGUUACUCCGAGGAGCAGGCCUUCUGUCCUCAGCCUGUGCCCAGAGACAGUGCACAGCCAGGAACCCUGAGCGGCCUGGAGCCCAGCCCAAGUGACCGCCCACGCUCUCCACAGCAGCGGAGCAGCGGGGCUGCUGACGGGUCCCGCAGCCGCUGCAGGGGGUCCCUCUACCCUAGUAACCAUGACAGAAUGCUGGCAGCCUUGAAGAAGCCAGCGGCGCCUCUAGAUGGGAAAGGGGCCUCCUCUUGGACGAUAGCACGGUUGUGUGAGCUGGACCCCUUAGACCUGCAGCCUUCGUGUGCAUUAACUCCGGGCAAGCCUGAGCUCACAGAAGCUGCCUCGGGCUUUCCUGAUGUGCCCAGCGAAGGCCAGCACUUGCUUCUUUCCAAUGGACACCUCCCCCAAGCCUGUGACUCCAGUUCUGAGUCCACACCGGCAACGGGACAGCCGCCCGGGAGACGGAGCGCGCCGCUGCUGUUUGCACCCAAAAGCUAGGCUUUGUCUACCUCGGCUCUUGUGGCGUCCAUGUCUACAGGAAGGAGAGGUGGGUGAGGGAGCCUGGCGGCUUCAAGCAUCACUAAUUUGUACAUAGUUUUCACCUCCGUGUGGAGCGUCAGCAGUUUGAAGGACUUGGAGCUGAAGCACAGAAAUGCAAGAGGCUAUUGUGUACAAAAGGCAGAAAAGUAUUUGAUACCCUUGUACAUAAGAGUUUGCAGAGAUGGCAUAUAUAUUAUAUAUAUCUUUUACAGAGGCUAUUUUAAUCUUUAGUGCAUGGUUAACAGAAAAAAAAUUGUACAAUUUUGACAAUAUUAUUUUUCAUACCAGGUUGCUGUUUAAUUUUGGAGGGGGGGAUAGUUCUGGUGCCUUAAUGCAUGGAUGGAGCUCCUAGGAGCUACAAACCACAUUUGUUCACAGGAGUUUUUGGUGGGAGGGAGGGAGGGAAGUGAAGGUCCUUGGCUUGGUAUUGCACUUGCGAGGGCAGACCCCCCCCUCGUGUGCUUUACCGUCAGAGACUCUUUUGGCAUUGGAAGUACCUUCAUGUCAGUAUUGCUCAUGUGGAUGGCCUUGCUGCGACUUCCCCGUAGAGCCCAGAGGGGCAGAUGUCAUGUUCCUCUGCAGUGAUGGACUUCUCGUAGGUUUAAGUUCCUUCUCUAACAAACAAGUGGAAUGGAAGAGAGGUUGUUAAUCCACCACAAGCAAUUGGUUCAAACAAUUAAGCACUGCCUUUCUUCUUCCUUCUGUGAAAGGCGAAUGUGGUCUUGUCAGUAUCCUUUGAUGGUCACUUGACGCUUUUUAAUAAGAUAGAUAGAUAGAGGCUGCUGGUGUUGGUACCUGUGGAUUUUUCAAUAGCCAUGUUUUAGUUCUGCCGAUAUAAUUAAUAUUACAUCGGCCUUGGGGGAGGAAAAACCGAGUCCCUCCUUUUCAGGGCUAGCAAGUCUUUACUGACAGUGCAGAGCAGGCCUGUCCAUUUCCUUCCCUCGCACAGAUGGACCCGGGCUUGGACUCUAAGUGAUUAGCCCUUGACCUGGGUUCUGGGUAUAUUUGCACUUUUUUGAGACCUGUUGCUAACCAUCUUGUGAGUGCCAAUGUGUAUUUCAGGAAAAAUUACAUUGAAACAAGGUCCUUAAAAAUCUCAGAAAGCAGAGUUCCUUUGGCCAAAAAGCUGAAGGGAGGUACUGACAGAAUGGUUACUUACCUACGUUAAAUUUCACUGUCAGAUGUCAUCACUGUUCCACAAGGUAAGCACAGUUAGAAUUUUGUUCUCAACAGUUACCUGAUUCUCACUUCCACAAAAUAUGUGAAUUUGCUGCUUCUGAGAGGCAAUGUGAAAGAGGAAGUAUUACUUACUUUUAUGUACAAAGUUAUUUAUUUAUAGAAAUUUUGGUACAAUGUACAUUGAAAAGCAACAUGUAAAAUAUUGAAGUGUCUAACAAAUGGCAUUGAAGUGUCUUUAAUAA